AAUUGAAUGUAAAAAAAAAUAUUGAUUCACUAUGAUUUAUAAAAGCAAUAAGUUAUUGUAUGUAUUAAUCUUGAUUUGGACACACAUUUUGAACGUUUCUGAAAGCACAGUUUCAUUUUAUCAUCAUAAAAAUGAUGCUUAUGAAGAUUUUGACAUUACUACAAUUUAUAGAAUCACAAAUAUAUCGUCAUUCGAAAGCAGCAAUGGAACCUACAAUGGAAUGAAUUCAGUUAUUGAAAUACAUUCAAGAACAAAUGCAAUUGGAAUGCCAAUACAAGACAAUGGUGAUGAUAUUCAUAUUAUAUCAACGAAUAUAGAGGAAAUCAUUGAUCUUGGAUCAUUUCAGAAUAAUAGUCGAAUGAGUACUUCUUAUAGAUCAAAUGAAUGGAGUCAAACAAGUAUAGACUUAAAUGGAGACAGUUGUAAAAGGAAUGAAUAUCGAUCGACGGAUUCAGGAAACCAAUUGAAUAAAUGCUAUAAUGUUUCUGAAUAUUAUAGCUUCGGAAAUUGCUUUUCAAACAGUUACAGGAGUUAUAAUUCACCUGUUUUCUGUAAUUUUUUCACGUUUUAUUGGACACCCGAUAAAAAUGAUCAAACGUGUUUAACAAUGACAUAUUUUACCAAAUAUGUAUCAGACAAUAUUUAUUUUAUCACGAUGGAUGUAAACAACGAAGAUAAUAAUACGUUGAUAUCUUCAACCGUAUUAGAGAUGCAAAACGGUAUUACAACAUUGAAAAUUACUAACAUUGAUUUUAAGAACAAUCAGAAAUAUAAAUUAUCAUUAAAAUUGACCGCGAAGGACAAAUAUGAAUCUCAAUGGGUUGAUCAAACUUUUAAAUUUGGACUCAUACGAAUUGCAGAAUGUUCGAAUUAUGAUGAAGAAGAUGUUCGAAUUAUUUCUGUGGAUCAUGUGUCUGGACAAAAACCAAAACCAUUCAAUAUUUUAGGAAAUAGUAUAUUUGAACCUUCUAAUUAUCAAGGUCCAUGUUUAAAUCGUGGAUAUUAUAUUAAGCAAUCGUCAAAAUGCAUUUGUCCUCCUGGUUUUAUAGGGCAAUUUUGUGAGACAGCUUGUGGGAAAAACUCCUAUGGAUCUGACUGUGAAGGAAUAUGCUCUAUGCAGUAUGAUAAAAUGUGCCGUGGUAUGAUCAUGUGUACAAAUUAUGGAUGUACAUGCCCAGCGGGACUAACUGGUCCAUCUUGUAACGAAGACUGUACAAUGGGUACAUAUGGAGCUGAUUGUAAACAAACAUGUUCCGACCACUGUAUUAAUAAUAUGUGUGAUAAAUAUACAGGUGUCUGCUUAGAUGGUUGUUCAGUCGGAUAUAUACUACCAAAUUGCAGUGAAAAAUAUCCAUACUUCGUUAACCCACCUACACUGCGUUUUGCCAAUUACGAUGCGAUUGAACUAGAAUUGGAUUUUCAAGAAACUAAUAUAAAAGGAGGAGACAAAAUUAUAAAGCCAAAAUAUUAUCAAUUAUUAUAUAAGUCAUUGAUAGAAAAUACAUUUAGAAGCUCUGAAAUUAAACCAAUAAGCAACACCACUAACGUUACGUUAGAAGUUAUCAGAGACUUAGAAUCGGAUACUAAAUAUACAGUUGGAGCUUUGUUAAUUGCAGAUGAUGGGGAUUUUAAUGAACAGAAUAUAGUAUAUGGUCAAUAUAAAACCCCGUGUAUACGUAAGUACCUACUAAUCAUUAAUUACCUAUACGAACAAUAAAUCGUCCAAUUCAAUUGAACAAGCUAAACA